AUGUGUACCGAUCCUUCCUCUCCCGCUCAAUUCGACCACUCCUUGUUUCUCGGGUGUGGUGAUAUGAAGGGGGCGUACAGGGAUGGGGUGGAGAUGUUGGUUCAGGCGAAGCCUUCCAUUGUGUUCUCUCCCAAAUUUAGUCGUACUUUGGUUCGCAAUGGCAUAGUUGUGCCCUCGCGUAACCUCUGGCCCUUCCACAAGGUGGAAAGGGAGGGGUCGCCUUCCGCAGGAGAGUCGGAGAGCAGUAUACUCUCUUCAUCUACCUGCUCCAGCGAGAUCUCUCAGUGGACCGAGAUCAAGGAUCCGUUCGCGAGGGAGCGGGGCGAUACUCAUACGUCUGACAUUGAUUCUGCUGAUUUUUCUAGGACUCCCUCAUUGUUGACCCUUUACACUGAUAGUACAGUGGAGUUCAAUGGGUCUUCAUUUGAGGGAAGCCACUCCUCUGACCUAGUUCCGAUCCUUUCUCCUUGCGUCCGUUUGUCCUUUUCGCCGGCAAGGUUCCGCCCUCGCGGACGGUUUUACAAUCCUCGGUUCGACCCCCAGCAUCCUCUCUUCGAACCACACCUCCUUCUUCCUGGACCGGCAGCGGCUCGUUCCCUCCCUCCGGUCCUGGAUCAGGACGACAAUUCCCUUCUGAAGCCGGAUCUGGACUCGACCCUGGAUUCUAACCCUUACUCUAGCUACCCCGUUCCCGGCGAAUGGCCAGAUGUCGACUCCGGUCCGGAGCCAGCUUCUGGACCUGUUGGUUGGCUCAAAGCGAUCACCUCUCCCACCAUUGCACUCCUCGGAGCUGCAGUGGUUACUGGACUGUGCGCUGCACAAUUUCUUCCAUGGGCGCUCAACAAUGCUCUACCUUCCCGUGGUGUUGGGCGUCAGUACCCAGCGAAAGCUUGGGGAAGCCAACAGAGCAAACGACAGCUUCAGCUUGCAGAUGAAAGACGCGAAUCGAUUGGGGUGUCGCUAGGGAUUAGCACAUUGGAAUGA